AUGCCCGCCGCUGACAAUGACAACAACGCUACAACCCAUGCUACAACCACCAUCACGACCGUUAGCACUGCUGCUAGCGAGGAGGAGCUACCUGUUGCUGCCGACAGUGCCAGCCCAGGCUGCUCAAGUCAUAUUGCUGCUAACGUUAUGGAUAUGGAAUCAGUGAUAGCAAGAUUUGCUGAGGCCAAAGCUCGCAAGCAACUGCUUAGCCAACAGAAAGAUGGCGAUGUUGAGGAGAGACAGAAACUCGCCACUGAGAAAGACGCUCAGCAGAAACGCAUCACACAGCUAGCUGAAGAGAGAGCCAAGCUGAAGACUAAACUGGCAAGAUCCAGUGCCAGCAGUAACUCAGCUCAGUCUCAGCUGCAAGCCCUCAGAGACUCCGUGGCCCGUCUGACGGCGGAGAGAGACACUCUGAACAAAGACGUGGAAACACAAAAAGCAGACAUUCUAGAGAAGAACAAGACCAUAACCCAGGUCAAGAAGAUUGGACGACGCUACAAGACCCAGUAUGAGGAGCUCAAACUGGUUGAGGAAACAGCAGCUAAAGCAGGAAGUGAGGCAGGUCCAAGACAGGAGGUGCAGCAGGAGCUGACUAAAACCCAGGAGGAGCGCAAUAAGGCCAGAGAGGACCUAAACACACUGAAAGCGGAAUUGCAGAAAAAACUGGAGGAGGCCCAGAAGUCCCAGCAGGAGUUUGAGGAGUACAGGAAGGAAAACCAGCAGACCGUGGAAAAGUUGCAGGAGGUACAGAACCAAUUAAAAUCAGCUCAGUCUCAAGCUCAGGCCCGUCAGAACCAGAUUCAGCAGAUCCAGAGGGCGCUCCAGCAGGCUAAAGAAGCCCUUCAGCAGAACCUCACUAAUCAGAAAGAGCUGCAGCAGAUCCAACAAAGCAGUCAACAGAGCCACAACCAGGAAAUCAGCAACAUCAAGACUGCUCUCAGCCAAGCAGAGAGCAAGGUGACUGAGCUUCAGAGCCAACUGGACAGCCUGCAGAAGGUUGGGAAAAGCUUUACAGUCAGUUUAUCUAGAAGCAGCACUGCAUGCACAAGUGCUGUGCAAUGAUGUUUGGUGAUACGUGUGGAU